AUGAGCCAGGCUCAAAGGACCUUUCCCAUCCCCAAUAGCAGUGCCUCCCAGUCCCAUCUCAGCCGUACAGCUCAGAAGGAUAUCAUGGUCAAUGAUCUGACCCUUCCCAUCAAUGUCUCCACUGUCACAGAGUUCAUCUUCCUGGGUCAUUCCAGCUCCCGUCCCAUCCAGCUCCUUCUCUUUGUCCUGGUCUUGGCUGCUUAUGCAACAGUCUUGUUGGGCAACCUCCUCAUCGUGGUGACUGUGCAUAGAGAGCCCCGCCUCCACCAGUCCCCCAUGUACUUUUUCCUGGCCAACCUGUCCAUCUUUGAUAUUAGCUUGGGCUCUGUGGCUACACCCAAGCUGUUGACGGACCUGAUCCGCUGCAGCAGGAGCAUUACCUUCGUGGGCUGCAUGGUUCAGAUCUUCUUCAUCCACUUUAUUGGGGGCUCUGAGAUGCUCCUUGUUACCCUCAUGGCCUACGAUCGCUACAUGGCCAUCUGCCACCCGCUGACAUACAUGGCCAUCAUGAACCGUCCGCAUUGCAUCAGGCUCCUGACAUCCUGUUGGGCUGGAGGCCUCCUCCACACUACCAUCCAGAUGCUUUUGCUUCUCCGGCUACCAUUCUGUGGUCCAAAUAAACUGGACAACUUUCAUUGUGACCUCCCGCAGGUGAUCAAACUGGCUUGUGCUGAUACCUAUGUCACAGAGCUACUUGUGGUGGCCAAUAGUGGCCUGCUUUCCCUUGUCUGCUUUCUUGCCUUGCUAGGCUCCUAUAGUGUCAUUGUUGCCAACCUUCGAGGUCACUUCAGAGAGAGCGGAGGGAAGGCUCUGUCCACCUGUAGCUCCCAUUUGAUUGUGGUCUUCAUCAGCUUUGUGCCCUGCAUCUUUGUGUAUUUAGUACCUUUCUCUAGGUCUCACAUGGACAAGGUGGCUUCUGUGUUCUACACAUUAAUCGUGCCUUCCCUCAACCCAAUUAUAUAUACCCUGAGGAACCGAGACAUGAGUGAGGCAAUGGGGAGGCUGAAGAACAGGUGUCCUUUCACACAUUCAUCUGUGAAAGCAGAACACAUCUGA